AUGGAUCGCGGCCGACGGGCAGAACCUUACAGCAAUGCUACAAUUUGGACUCGAGAGAUUGCAAGAAACCUCGCCAGCCACCUGUCUCGAGUGUCCAAUGCUCACAGUUGUGUUGACACAAGGUCUCCAAAAUCGACACGUCUCCCUCAGUUCCAUCACCCGAACACUCAAAAGAGAUGCCCGUCAAGUCCCAUGAAAACCCGGCAUCCUAUCCUGACAAUAACUCGAAAUCCUAAUCUAAAUGGUGGCCAGGAGCUGGACGUCAGUGGAGGAGAAAACGCACGAGAAGAGAUCGAGGGUGACGCAUCAUCAAAUCACGACUCAGAGAUUGGUCAACGUACAUGUAAUGCGAAACAGGAGAUCGUUCAUGGAAGCAGGAAAGAUAUACCAGCAGUUAAACCACCAGCAAAGAAGCGCGCCAUAAACGGAAACGUCAGUGAUAUGACCACCUACGAUUCUCCGCAGAGACACCACGUAAGUCAUGAUUACUACAAAAGGCAGGAACAACGAAAAAUCUGGCAAGAGAACCAGGCCCUUAACAAACGUCUGCAAAGUGCGAAAGCAACCUUAAAUUUCAGGGAAUGGGAGAAGGAUGGUAAAUGGACUCAAGAAUUCCUAAAAACCCAAGAAAAACGAAGACAUGCCCUUCAACAAGAAUUGCGCAGAGCUCAAAUCUCACCACAAGCUGUUCUCCGGUCCAGGCCGCUAAAGUCGCUCCACCAUCACGUGAAAAAAACAGCGUUAGACUCAGACAAAUACGUAGAAUUUUCUUGUUCAUUGAGCGCUCGAGCUUCGGGACGCCGCGACUCAAAGGGGCAGAUUCUGCUCGGUAGUAGAGGUGGUUUUGAAGCACUCGCCCAGCAUCCAAGUGCUGCCAAUCAUCGGCGCAUUAUGAUAUUGCGCCAGCAAAAACAUUCUCCUCGCAUCUACGCCAACGCUGCAAAACCAUUACCGAGUGAUAUUGACGCAGUUUCAAGCGCUGGCCAAACUGCAUUUAUACCAGAUAACGAGAUCGUUGCAGUGCGAUUCACAUUUUCACGCGGACGAAGUCGAAAUACAGACCCCGUCACGAACGGCAUUGAGCAGAGUGACCAGCCAGAGCCAUUGAUAAUAGAAGGCGACCGAGAUACGAUGAGUCUGUCUGGAGCAUUUUCCCCGGGAGUCGAAUUGGAAACUGAAUUGAAUGCCUUUGCAGUGAAUGACUCGACCGAUCAGCCACAGGGAGAUUUAGCGUUUGAAGGUGAUGCUGACACUGGAGCCGGUAGCAACAUAGCAGUAGAAGAAAGCGAGUGCUAUCAAAGCGACGCAGAUUUUUACAACAAUAACUCGCAGAAUGAUGUUGCUGUACUAUCUGCAGAGGACGUUGCGGCGGACGCUGAUUCAAGCGGAGAAACAUUAGAUCACGUAACACGGGAUGAAGAAGCUGUCUCCGAAAAGGUUGAAAGUGAAAUCCAAGCUUUGGACCAUGUCACGUCACCAUCCCCGUCACCCCAAGUAGAGCGCACCCAAUCAAGCAGUGAUGAGGAGGAAGGAGAUUGUGAUGGUGACAACUUUAACGAAGAUGCUCUUCCGCCCGCCCGCGCAACAGAAUGGCAGCACGACAAACUCGAAGCUAGCGGAUACGCAAGCGAGUUCGAGGAUGAAGCCCAGGGUAAUAUUGCUGAUGCGUCCCCUGCAAACAAUUUGGACAGCCUUGUCAAUGCAAUGUCCUUAGAUAACCAGGAAGAAGACGAUGACGACGAAGAGUAUUCCCGCGACGACUUUGAGUAA